UGAUUUUCCUAACCUCAGAAAAAAAUGCAAAUUCUUUUAAAAAUUGAAAACUAUGUUUCGGUGAUAAGAUUCACUUAAAUACCUGCGUACGUGUUGAUUUUUUAAGAAAUCAAAAUGACCGCAAGCUAUCUAUCGUACCUUAAGGUCUAUCUGUUAAUAUUAGCUGUUAUUUGUUGUGUUUUGGGUCAAGUCCAAAGCUUAGGUCAAAUUAUUUACUCUGUGAACGCCGGUGGAGAUGUCCAUACCGAUUCAAACGGGGUUAAAUACGAAAGCGACCCUUUAGCAGGCAAAGUAGGCAUUGCCUCGGAUUACGGUAAAAGAUUAAUAAUUGGAAGAGUACCUUCGAGUGACCAUAUACUCUACCAGACCGAACGGUACCAUACAAACACAUUUGGCUAUGAUAUUCCUGUAAGUGGAGAUGGUGAUUUUGUCCUAGUACUUAAGUUCUGUGAAGUCUAUUUUGAGGCUCCCGAUCAGAAAGUGUUCGAUGUUGUACUUAAUGGAGAACACACAAUUGUAGCGGAUUUAGAUAUAUUUGCUAAAGUGGAUAAGGGCGUUGCACAUGAUGAAUAUAUCCCGUUUCAAAUAAGUCAAGGCAAGUUAACAAUAGCCGGUGAAGAAUCAGAAGUUGUUGGAAACAAAAUAAAACUAGAGUUCAUAAAAGGUUACAAGGAUAACCCUAAAAUCAACGCUUUCUAUGUGAUGAAAGGUACUCUAGACGAAGUUCCAAAGCUCCCACCAAUAGUUAACCCAGAAUCUCAGUCUGAUCAGGCUUCAAAACAGUCUUCAGAUGAAGAAGAAGAGGAAGAUAAGUCUCAGAAGAGGCCUAGGACUGUGCCAAAGGUCGCAGACCCUUACGAGAGUGAGGACUCAUCAAUUAUGUUACCAGUUUUCAUAGUUAUCGGUGCUUUUAUACCAGUUUUGUUCUGUUUGUGCCGAUUGUGAUAGAAUCUUCUUUAAUUUAAAGUAAUUUGAGUCAUUUUUAUCUCUGUGUUCAGUUGGGUAAUGAGGUUAUUUUGGGUUUGUUCCAAAGAUAUCUAAAUAAAGGGAGACAGAACUUUACGUUUUAUAGCGAUCAAACAUUGUUUUUAACGAAAAUCGAUGAUGCCAAAUUUCUGCGGAUUGCGUUAGAUCUACCACUUGUGUUUGAAAACUAAGUAUGUUAUUAUUGUUAUUAAUGUUUUUCUGGGUACCUAUAAAAACAGCAUACUAAAUAUAUGUCUAUGUAUAUCAUUUUAGUUAAAAUACAUAGAUUAUUCCUUUAAAAUCAUUUUUUGUUUUCUAAUUAAAAAUGAUUAGGGAAAUAACUGUGGCAACGCUGCUUCAGAAAGGCUGUUUGGUUUCUCUGGGUUUUACGAUGAAUAGUUUAGAAAAUUUGAUGAAUUCAUUCAAGUCAUGUUUAAAAACGUUGUGUUUGUGAACUUUUGUGUUUUUCAAGUAAUUUUAACAGUUUUUCUUUGCAAAACAACUGUUUAAAGUAUUUUUAAAUAUCUAAGAUGGUCCGCUAGUGCUUAGUUUGCAAAAAAGUGGAUUAUUCUAGCCCAAAAUUGUGAUGUAACGUAUUUUUUAUCUUUAACAGUGGUGUACCUCAUUUAAAUUCAAGUAGGUUAUUACAAAAAAGCAUUAAUGAAAAUACAUUAUAUCUACACGACUUUUUUUGCCUUCACAUCUUGAAUUCUCAUUAACUAUUACUAUAAUAGAGAAGUAAUAAAUAUUAUAUUACCAUUACAUUUUAUAUAUUUUAAAUUAAAAUUACUUUUUACGAUUGUUGAUAAAAAAUAGCACGCCACUGGUAGACUGAAAAGACAGAAAUACACACGAAACUCGACAGCGUUGUCAUAUUUAUGCAUCUAUCUCUUUUUAACUUAUAUAAAAGUGUUAAAGCAUGUAUGAUUGUAAACAAAUGGUGUUUUAUGAACGGAGUGUUGUGUCUUCCUUUUAGAUAGAUGUCUUUAUUUGGUCCCAUUGAAUAAAAAGACUAAAAAAAGGCGUCUCGUGCACCUUUUUUAUUUUGAUUUUUUUAAUAAAACAAAAUGUUAUUUUGCUUUUUUACAAAUUAGGCUGACAGAUGAAAUCAAUUAACUGAAAUGGUAAAUUUUUAGCUACUGGAAUUUCACUUAGUAAUUAACAAAAAAACAAAAAUCAAUAAAUUAAACAAACUAAAUAAAACAAAAAAAGGAUUUGAUAUGAGUCAAUAUUAAACCAGUCAAUAUAAAAGUUGAAUAUGGCUCUUUUUUUAGUUUUUUUUCAAGUGGUUGUAAUAAAUUCAUUAUUGGGUUGUUUGGUAUUAAAUUAUAUGUCAUAAUGACAAAAAUUAAGACCAAUUAAAUUAUUUGGUUCGUGACUUAAGUAAAAAAGACAAAAUUAGAUUUUGUAGCAUUUUAUUUUUUUAUAUUUUUUUUUUGGUGUGGUUUUAUAUUUUAUAAAUAACUUAAUUAUUGCAAAAAGAUGUACCUAAAUAUUUUACUUGAAUAAUACGUUUACCUUAUAUGAGGUUAUUUCGAAGUCUGUGUUACUAUAUUAUUGAUAAUUUUAAUUUUUAAAUGUCUUUUAAAUUAAGGAUAUGAUUAAAUUGUUUUGUAUUGGUGUAUGUUAUUUAAGAAAGGUUAGUGAGGGGUAUUUCAGUCGUUUUGUUUUGUCCAGUAUUAUAAUUAUAAUUGUAUGUGAAGUACUUUAAUUUUAGGUACUUAAAAUCAUUUUAUUGAAUUGGAUCAAAAAAUGAAAUCCAUGUCAAAAUGGAAGACAGUAGAUAAUAAAGUUUAUU